AUGGAUUUGAGUGAGGAGAAACUCAAGGAACUGAGAAAAACCUUGACACGGAUUCCAUUACCAGAGUUCAAAGGAAUACGAUUCCCGGCUACCAUGCCAAUCAGAAAAAAAGGAGUCGAGAAAGUUUUACAAGACGUAAGAGAAAUUCACUCCAGAGAAUCAGAUAUUAUGAUCUGCACAUAUCCAAAAUCAGGAACGCAUUGGGUCAACGAAGUUACCAAUAUGUUAGUUAAAAAAACAGAACUCGAUAACAGCAGCAAAGUUUCAACGAUGUUGGAAGUUAUUCAUGAUCUCUCAGUCCUAGAUGCACUACCAUCACCAAGGUUACUUAAUACACAUCUCUCAUUAAAAUAUCUACCAAAGAAGCACAUCAAAAAUAGAUGCAAGAUUAUUCAAAUGAUUAGAAACCCAAAAGAUGUCUGUGUCUCGUUUUACUACCAUGCAAAGAGUGACCCUUUGCUUGAUUUUACUGGAUCGUCCAUAUGGAUCAUGAAUAGUAAAGGAGAGAUACAGAGAUUGGCUAAUUUCUUAGGAAUACCGUGUAACGAUAAGACAAUAACAAAUAUCGCCGAAACAACGUCCUUUGAUAACAUGCAGCAAAAUAAACUAGAUAUCACGAAAGUAGUUUUUGGGAAAGGAUUCAUAUAUAGAAAAGGCUUCUAUGGAUCUUGGUACAUUUAUGAGAAGGAAAUGGAUAGAGCAGAGAAACUCUAUCCUGACAUGAUAUUAACUUGCUUUUAUGAGAAAAUGAAAAAGAGAGAUUCUAGAGGCUCAAUUUAUCGGAAGGGGAAAAUAGGAGACUGGCAAAAUCAUUUUACAGUUGCACAAAAUGAUCGUUUUGACGAAAUGUAUUCCGAGAGGUUCAAAAACAGCACAUACACAAUCGAUUUUGAAUAA